UGUUUUGACUAUUUGACCUUUAAAAAGUUACAGCUGUCAAAUAUUAAUGUAUUUAGCCCGGAAAGUUCUUUUGCAAAUACAAAUAUAACCUGUUUUAACAAAUCUUGUGGCAAAUAAGCAAGCAACUAUUAUUUCAAGUGGAUUUAGCAUCUUUGAGAAAAGGUUCUCCAGCAACAUGUCGAAGACAGCCCUAGUGAUCCUGGCGCAGGGAGCCGAGGAGAUGGAGACAGUCAUCACAGUUGACAUGCUCAGGAGGAGCGGUGUGACCGUCACGGUAGCAGGUCUCGACGGAAGCGCCCCAGUGCUGUGCUCCCGCCAAGUGACUCUCGUCCCUGAUAAGGCUUUAGCUGAUGCUUUGGCCGACACUCCUCAGUAUGAUGCGGUAAUCCUUCCCGGAGGUCUCGAGGGCUCUGACCGUCUGUCCAAGUCGUCCGUCGUGGGUACUCUGCUCAAGGAACAUGAGAAGGCUGGGAAAAUCGUCGCUGCUAUCUGCGCUGCACCCACUGCUUUCGUGGCGCACGGCAUCGGUCACGGCAAGCGCGUCACGUCAUACCCCACUACUAAAGAGAAGAUCACUGGUGACUACACCUAUGUGGAGGGGGAGAGGGUCGUUGUUGAUGGCAAUAUUGUUACUAGCAGGGGUCCCGGCACGGCGUACUGGUUUGGACUCUCUCUCAUCGAGCAGCUGGUCGGAAAAGAAAAGGCGGACCAAGUGGAAAAAGGAAUGGUCAUCAGCUCAUACUAAAAGCAUUAUUUAUGGACACCGCAGUUAGGAGAGGCCACAUACAUAACAUAGACACAUGUAACGGCGCUAUUUUAAAUGUGUACAUAUGUAGUGCAUAAAGCAGUGGUUCCUAACCUUUUCAGUCCGGUCACCCCUAUGACUAACUAGGGGACCUGAUUUUACCCCUCCCCCCAAUGGUAAUAAAAAAUAAAACGUGUACGUUUGUUGUAUUGUUAUAUUAUUACCCCCGUAAAAUACCAGUUUUACCCCCACGGGGAUAAUUACCCCCAGGUUAGGAACCACUGGCUCAUUUAGACGAUGCGAGAACUCGCAUGCGAGUUUCAUUACAUUGCGGUUUUUGAUAGGUCGGUAGAAUUGGACGUAACCAACAGCCCGCAAUGUAACUAAAAUCGCAUGCGAGUUCGCGCACCGUCUAAAUCAGCCCUCAGGGUCUCUAUUGUUUUCCAAAAAGUUUAGUCAUAAUGUAUUGUUUGCCCGCAUUUUCGUUAGUCAAAUUUAUUUUGUUCAGAACAGGUCACGUUUCAGGAUUCCCAUAAGACAAACCUAACCUAACCUAUCCAUAGGAUAACCUUACGAAAAUCCUGAAAAGUUAACGGUUUCAGUUUUAUGGGAAAAUGUUAUGGGAAACAAAGGGAUCCCAGUGCAUAAUUGUUUUCCAUCGUGUUUUCUCGGAAGCGUUCGUAUUUGUCAUGCUACUUCAGUCAACGUCAGUACUUUUUGUACCGAAACUGACUGAAAUAGCAAGACACGUUCGUACGUUUCCGUGAAAAUACGUUGGAAAAUAAUUAUGCACCAAUUCUGUAUUAUUUUUUAUUUUCAUACCUACCUUUUUAUGUUUUUUUAUUUCUUAAAAUGCGGAAACUACAGUCAACGACCGACGAUUGCUAUAAUAACUUGUCACUAUCCU